GUGGACUUGUGUUUGUGCUGUGGACUUGUGUUUGUGCUGUGGACUCGAGCUUGUGCUGUGGACUCGUGUUUGUGUUUUGGGCUUGUGCCGUGGUCUCGUGUUUGUGCUGUGGACUUGUGUUUGUGCUGUGGACUCGAGCUUGUGCUGUGGACUCGUGUUUGUGUUUUGGGCUUGUGCCGUGGUCUCGUGUUUGUGCUGAGAACUUGUGCUUGUGCCGUGGACUUGCGUUUGUGCUGUGCACUUGCGUUAGUGCCGUGGACUUGUGUUCCGGAGAAGUUCGUGUUUACAUCUGUGCUGCGGACUGUGGCGCUUGUCCGGUGGGCGAAUGGACGUAGGGCAUGAAGGAAGGAUGGAGUUUCCGGACCACAGCCGCCGGCUGCUGCAGCGUCUAAGCCAGCAGCGCCGCCAGGGCUUCUUGUGCGACUCCACCGUGCUGGUCGGCGGGGCCCGUUUCCCCGCGCAUCGCGCUGUGCUGGCCUCCUGCAGCAUGUACUUCCACCUCUUCUACCGGGACCAGCUGGACCGCAGGGACACGGUGCAGCUCAACAGCGACAUCGUGACGGCCCCGGCCUUCGGCCUGCUGCUCGAGUUCAUGUACGAGGGCCGCCUGGAGUUCCGCAGCCUGCCCGUCGAGGACGUCCUGGCCGCCGCCAGCUACCUGCACAUGUACGACAUCGUCAAACUCUGCAAGGGACGCCUCAAGGACAAGGAGCCGGCCGGGCCCGCCCCCGCGGGCGAGCCGGAGGAGGAGGGGGCCGGCGAAGGGGCGACGGCCGAGGGGAAGGACCGGCCCCGGCUAGCCCUCUGGGCGUGCGAGCUGGCCGGCGCCGGGGGGGCCCCCGAGGGCGGACGGGCGGACGACCGCCCGGGGGGGUCCCCGGCCGCCGGCGACGGGGACCGUGCCCUCGACCUGUCCUUCAAGCCCGGGAGCGGGAGAGACGCCCCGCCGCCCCCCACGGCGGCGGCCGCCGACGGGCAGCAGCGGGGCGUCGAGCGGUCGCUGGUCAAGGCCGAGCCGGGGCCGGAGGACGGGUCGGCGGAGAGCCCCCGGGCCCCGCCGUCGGAGGACGCGACCCCCAGCCCGGUGGGGCCCGGCCUGGGCCCCCCGCGCCCCGGCCGCGGCCUCCCCCCGCCCCGGGAGGACGAGCCGGACGCCGAGGACAGCGACGUGGACUCCUCCGACGUGUCCUCGUCGGGCGCCGGGCACCUGUGCGUGUGCCCGCUUUGCAGCAAGGUCUUCCCCAGCCCCCACGGGCUGCAGCUGCAUCUGAGCGCCCACUUCCGAGACAAGGAGGGGGCCCGGACCCGCCUGUGCCCCGAGGGCGCGGUGCCCACCUGCCCCCUGUGCGGGAAGACCUUCUCGUGCAUGUACACGCUGAAGCGGCACGAGCGCACGCACUCGGGCGAGAAGCCGUACACGUGCGGCCAGUGCGGGAAGAGCUUCCAGUACUCGCACAACCUGAGUCGCCACGCCGUCGUGCACACGCGUGAGAAGCCCCACGCCUGCCGCUGGUGCCAGCGUCGCUUCACGCAGUCCGGGGACCUCUACCGGCACAUCCGCAAGUUCCACUGCGGCCUAGUCAAGCCCCUGCUGCUCUAGGGGUCAGCAGAGGCGGGGGGGGGGGCUUUCUCGGCGCAAGGCCCCAACCGGGGGGGUGGUGCAGAGGUCCCGCCACUUUCUCACCCCUGCUACCCCGUCCCUACCCCGGCUCAACCCUGCAGGGGGCAGGGAGAAGGGCGGGAGGGGCACCCACGCUGCACCUCCAGCCCCACUCUCCCGUCCCCCCAGCCGAGCGCAGCCCAGCUGGCGAGGGGAGGGUCUUGAAGACCCUUGGUCGCAAGCGCCCCCCUCCCCGCAUUGGCCCCGGGCUCCCACUAGAGAGUCAUGCCCCUGUCGUCGAGUCCCCCCCUCCCCCCCGCGCCCCUCCCCGCCGGUGAACUUAGAGCCGGCGAGGUCGAGGCUAUUUUUAGGGUGUGACUUUCAUGCCUCUCCCAGCGAAGGAUGUGUGCAGGGCGUGGGGUGAGGCUGGGUGUAAAUUACACCGGGCCUACUGGGGGGUCGGGGGAGCUCGGCGCAGACCCCCUCUGGGGGAAUAAUUCGGUCUUCGAGGGGGAGAAAGCAGAUGCAUUUCAGAACACGAGUCCAUCCAUUUCGAGGGUGGUUAGAGGGUCCCCCCUACCCCCACUCCGCGCGAGGGGCGAACGGGGCGGGGGUGGUCAGUGCAGGGACCCCGGAAGGUUACCUGGGACGACCCCCUACCCGAACCGGGACCGGCACCUCCUCCCGCCGCAGCCCCUUUCCGGUGUAGCCGAGCCGGCCACACCUUCCCGGACGAUUGUUUCCAAAGCACUGAGCAGUUUGUCCCAAAUGUUUCAGAUUUGUGUGUGUGUGUGAGAGAGUGUGUGUGUGUGUGUGUGGCGGGGGAGGGUCCUAAUGGAAGCACUAAUGUGGGAAAAGGGGCUGGGGGCCGGGGUCGGGCUAGCAUUUCGGAGGGGAAGCUUGGGGAUUCUUUUUGAUCUAGUAGAUUGUGGUCUAGUACUGUUUCAUAUCUCAUAUGCUUCAUACCUCGCGGUCUCUAGGCUGUGAGCUCGUUAUGGACAGGGAUCGUCUCUGUUGCCGUAUUAUACUUUCCAAGCGCUUAGUAGAGUGCUGCGCGCACAGUCGGCGCUCAAUAAAUACGACAGAAUGAGUAUCGGACCCCGGGGUCCCCAGCAGUCAACUCUGAAUGUACGUGCGUGGUGAAGAUUUCCUUUAUUUAUAGAAUGGUUCCAUCUAUUUCAUUACAUGACUGCAAAACACUUUGACUGGAACUGUUACAUUUAUACGGAAAGUGUGGUGACGUCCAUUGUAAUGUUUGUUCGAACCCAUGUUGCUUUGGUACUGUGGUCUUAUUCUACUGAGUAAUUAUAUGUAUAUAUAUAUAUAUAUAUUUUUGCUGUGAUCAGAAAUAGCACUGAGAACAAAGUCUACUAAAAUUAAGUUAUUUUUCUUUUCUCCUGAUGAUACUUGAUAUAGUAUUUAUUAGAAUUUUUCAUUUGAAGUGAAAUUAUAAUUUAGGUUUCCCCCAUCUCCGAAAGACAAACGAAUCUACACUGUAAAAUUGUGGGAAUUCCUUUCCAGUUCGUCCAGCGGGUGGCCGAAAGAUCGGAGCUGGCUGUGUCGAUAACCCAAAGCUCUUCCUUUUCUGUACGGCGUUUGGGGCGGUCUGGUGGUCUCUCUUAAUCAAAUCGGAUUACAAAUUUAACAGUGCCAUAGACUGUGAGCCUGUUGUUGGGUAGGGAUUUUCUCUGUCUGUUGCCGAAUUGUACUUUCCAAGCUCUUAGUAGGGUGCUCUGCACCCAGUAAGUGCUCAAUAAAUACGAUUGAACGAAUGAAAAAGCGAGAGAGAGAGAGAGAAAGUGUGUGGAGGAGAGAGAGAGGAGGAGAAGAGGGGCAUGGGCAAAUGCACAAGUUUUUAUUCUGUGUUUGUUUUCCCUAAGAAAUCUCUCUGUCGACCCUCACACCCUCCACGCACACCGCUAGUGAGGACGGAGCUGGAGUCCCAGGCCCGAGUCUUCUCCUCUACUGGCUGAAAUCCCCCACCCUCGGGGCCUGCGUUUUAGGAUGGCAGCCCCUGUUUUGAUUUUGUUGUGUCAGUUUUGGGGUUUAGAAACAUGGCCACACCCCUGGAGGUACUUCUCAGAAAAUGGUUCGUUACGCAGUGGGGUAAAAGAGAACAUACUCUGUUGAUGCUGGUUCUCCCAAGACCUCCUUCAGUCCAGGGGAUGUGUUAUUUUCUUUUUGUCUUGCCCUGAACGGUUAACACUGGAUUUGUCAUCUGCUGCAAAGAAAUACUGUGAAGAAAAUGUAAAAAAUUCAUCCAUUUUUCUUUUUUAGAAAAAAUUGACGCAGUUCAGAUGAAAUAUGUAUAUUUAAAGGCACUAACUUUUUGUGGAAGAGUUUUAUAGCAUAUCGGAUGUAGAGAAGUUAUCUGAAUGGAAUAUAUUUUAUAUAAAAAUGGUCUAUCACUGUUUUAGAGUGAAGUCUUUUUUCCUUCUGUGUUAGAAUAUGCUGUUUAGUCUAUGACGGAUCAUCACAGAAACGGCAACUUUUCAGAAAAAACUUGUGAGCUGUGGGUUUGGGGUGUGAUGUUUCUGUCGGACAUUGCGUCCGUCUGUGCUGUCAAACUGUGACAAUCGUGAUUAGGAAUACUGUCUUCCCAUUUUCACAAAACAAUAAUAACAAGAAUAAUAAAAUAAUCGAUAGGGUUA